AUGGCGAGCAUGCCCAUGGUCUACCUAGUGGUGCUCAAGGUUCUGGGCAUCUAUGAUCCCAAGAAUCCGAUCGUGCACCUGCCUUUGAACGUGCUUUGGUUCAGCUCCAUUGCAUUGAAUGCAAUUGCCUUCAGCGCGAAGGCAGGAGCAUCGCGCAGGGAGGCCGUGGCCAUGUCCUUCGCCUUCAUCUUUGCCCUCGUCCCGCCAGUGGCAACGGCAAACGCGAUUUUUAUGCUGGUGUUUCCGAGAUAUGUUUCCUCUGACUGCUCCUUUUUACAUAAGGGCUUCGUGGUUGGCGUCGUGGUUCCAUCCUCCUUCUUUUUCUCCCAGUUCUGCUCACGGCAAGCCUGUUUAGUGAUCAUGGGUCCGAACCGGCAUCCUGGUCGCGUCGCGCGGCUGCUCUGCUUCUCCAUGAUCUUGGAGAGCUUCGCUCGACGGAUACUGCUCUGCGGGGUGCAAGACCUUCGCUUGAUUAUUCUUUCGAGCCUGGUGCUAGGUGUCGGGGACAGCGUUGCGCAGAUCUCCGUGGACUUGCGGGAUGGGAUCGUUUACUCCUGCAUCACCUGUGGUGCUUCGGACUAUAAGCUUUUCGAGCAUCCGGGCCGACGUAGGUUGAGGGCAGAUGCCCUCCUCCUGCACUACAUGAGCGAACACCUGGCCAUCGUGUGCCUUUCGGGCUUUGCGGUCCUGGUCCAGGUGAUCAAUCUUGACCUUCCUGUCGGCUGGGUACUUUGGUCUCUGGUGUCUCUCGUCCUGCAGAUGGCAGUGCGGCUGAUCUUUGACCUCAUCGUCUUCAGCACCGAGGGCCAGGUCGGCUGCAUAGCUCGAGCGCUCUUCCGCCUGACGCGUUGGCACGGCAUUCCGGUCAUCGAGGUUUGGCGCAAGUGCCGACGAGAGCUACUGUUCUUUUCCAUGCAUAUGGCGCUUACAGCGGCAAUGUACGGCCAAUACUUCUUCAAGACCUUCUUUGAGAAGUCGUUGGCCCCGGAGGAACUGGGUAGCCAUUCCUCCAAGAUGCUGGCAUGGAUGUAG